AUGACAGACGCGACCACGGAUGAUAAUGCCAGCGAAGUCUUCACCUUGGCUGCAGCGACAGAGUACGACGAAUCUCUCUAUGAUGAACAAGAUACAACAGGCGACUCGCCCAGUAACGAUGAACCAUCACGGGAUGGCCCCGAGAGCUCAGUAGCGGCGCAGGCAGCAAAGGCUAUCGAAGCAGCGACAGAACAGGAUCAUCCACCGGAGCAAGGUUCAGCGAAUCGUUCGAGAAGGGCAUCGGGUAGCAGUGGCGAAGAUGUAGUCGUCCUAGAUGCCGGCCCUGCUCCAUGGGUACCUGCACCUCCAGACUAUGCGGCGGCGACUAGAUCGGCUCGCGCGGGGGAAACCACGACAGAGAGCGUGCAGAACCGUCCGCAGGCGGAUCUUCCGGACCCAGAAGGACGUCAAACUCUGGACACUGGUCCUCAUGAUAUCGAGCUACAGGAGCAGGGCCAGGAAAGCAAUUCUCCGGAUUCCUACCAGCGGUCUUCAGGUCGUCUUGCCAACCUUGCUGCGUUCUUCGAAAUCGCUACUCAGGCUGUGCACCGGCAUGCGAAGAAGCUCGUUGAGAAUGAACGUAUUCAAACCGCUCGUCAAUUUGCCAUAACGCUCGUUGAACAUGAACGAACUCAGGCUGCCCUUCAGGCAACGAGCAAAAUGGUCGCUCAUCUCGAUAACGAUAAGACUCGAGCUGCUCGUCAAAGAGUAGAGAAACUGGCAUCUCGCCUCGAUUCUGACCGCUUCCGCUCCGCUCGGGCCCAUGGAAUCGAGCUCCUUCUUCAGGUCGAUAAUCAGUACACGAGGAGGCUUGUGCGGCAGUACUGGCAUACGAUCCUGCUCGCGAAUGUAACCUUCACCUUCGCGCUGCUUUUGCUCACCACGUCACUCGAGGAGCCGAGAUACCAUGCUGUUGAGGUCACACGGCAGUAUUACUCGCAGCAUGCGCAUGAGACAUCGCCUUACAAGUUCCACCCAUACAUGGCUUUUCCUGACUACAGUGUAUACACUUUCACUCGCCUGGGCCAUACGGGGGACUUCUCUUUCGAGGAGGCGCUUGACCUCAGUAGCAUACCUGAGUUAGCUAACGCCACUUUGACCGGCCGAAUCGACAUCCGGCCAGCCCCAGCAGCCCAACGUGUCCCAGUAGAGGUCUGGUGCAAUGUUGCAACCUCAUGGCCGUGGAAAGCAGGCUCAGCAGCGAUUGAUCAAGACGAAAAAGGGCUGCACCUGAAGAUGCCACAUUUCAGCAAAGAUCAGUUGUGGCUCGAUGAACGACAACAGAGGGACAUGGAUAGGCAUAUGGAGUCACCCUCUCGUGUGGAUAUCUGGAUCGGCAUUUAUGUCCUGGUCGAAAUGGACAUCUUCAACAUCUCUACCAAGAGCUUCGACGUAAGCAUUGACAACGUCAGUGAAUUGAACUUCUGGGGCUUUUCUGUGAGGAAGAAGACAUGCAUUGAGGCAGUCAAGGGAGCGUUUGACAGCCGCGUCUAUACGGGCUCGGCUCAGACCAUAAUCAAAGCCGGCGCAUCGCUCAUGGGCAUGUUCUUUCUCAGAGACAAGCUGGAGCUCGAAUCUGAGAGCGCAAUUGAAGCAACGGUCAAACAUCAGCCACGUGUUGAAGGCGUCUGGGGCGCGAACAAUCGCAUCACCAGAAGCAAAGCCGGAGCACUUAAGCACAUUACUCCAAGCAUCUUUCGGACUACUUCUCAUAGUGGCGAUUCCUACAUCAGCUAUGCAAGGUCACGCGAGGCUGACUCGUCCGAGCUAGCUACUCGCUGGCCAGUCAACAACCGCACGACUGGACACUAUCAUUACGGCUAUGGCUCUAUAGCUACUGAGUUAGCUCGGGCUGGAGGUCAGCUAAGAAAUCUCUUUCUGCUCGACGCAGCUCACACAUCGGACUCUGGAGACACGCGACUCAUCUAUCCGUACCUGUGGCAGGGGUCAGUCGAAGGCAACGCCCAGAACGGCUCUAUCCACACCCUCUCCCACGACGAAGAGUGGGUUUCUGUCACCAACAGUACACCUCGCGCGGCUCACCUUAGCGGCAAAAGAGGUCAGAGCGACUGCAGGAUGGAAUUUGAGUCUUCGAACGGCGAAGUUGAGAUGUUUUUCAAUGAGUACGAGUAUGCGUGCGGGGAGUUCAUCCUGGAUGAAACUGAGAAGAAGUGA